AUGCCUUCAGCCGCAAGCUCCAAGCGGCCGAACCAGCCACGACAUGAUGACAUAGACAACUACGACGCCGGCGACCUGUCGGACGAUCCAUUCCUCACUCCAAGUCCCCAAGCCAGCAAGAAACGUAAAGAUGGCCCUCAAUCAGGUCUAGGUAUCGACAAGGAGGUGUCCGUCCAGAAGCGCGUCCGCGUGCCCAACAUCAAACUAGAUGAGGACCGACUCUUAGGCCCGGGAGGAAUUCCCAAGCUACGAUCCAAAGCCUCCACUAGCCUGAAGCUCAAGGGCAAGGGUCACGAAUUCGGCGACGCGGCACGACUCCUCUCAUUCUACCAGCUCUGGCUGGACGAUUUGUUUCCUAAGGCCCGGUUUCUUGAUGCCCUAGCUAUGGUGGAAAAGGCGGGGCAUAAGAAGAAGCUCAUGGCGGCACGGCAUAGCUGGAUAGAUGAGGGAAAGCACAAGGCGCUUGGCGGGGACAAAGACGCCGAGGUAGCAAUGGCAGCACCGGAAACGCUAGAGCCUAAACUGCCCUCCACGUUCACUGCCCCUUCUGAGCAGCAGUGCCAGCAGACUCCCCAGCAAGACGACUAUCCCGAUGAUGACGACCUAUACGGUUCUACACCUCAAAAGAAGAGUCCUCCUGUUCACGUCGAUGUACCGGGAAGCGAUGAGCUAGAUGGGCUCAUGGCAGAGGCUGAGCAGCGUGAUGCGCCGCAAAGCAAUGGACGGCAAGAUCAGAUUGCUGUACAGCAAAAUGAGCCUGAGGAUGAUAUGGAUGCCUUGGUGGCUGAGGCGGAGAAUCACGAUAGGAAUGGAAAGUCGGAGGGGGCAAGAGAUCCAGACUUUGCAGAGGAAGAGGCGGCCAUGCAAGAAAUGGAUGGACUGUGGUGA